CUGCGUCGGGAGGUACAGUGAUGUCGGGAAGAGCUGCGACGCCGAAGCCCGAGCAGCAAACAGAAGCAGCACCGGUGGACAAAAGCGUAGGAGACCUUGUCGAUACCGCCACUGUUUCCGACAUCAAGAGGGAAACCGCCUUUGUAGAAGAAUUCCAAGCAGAAGAUGCAGUGGAAAGACCAAUGACGAGUCGCCUUGCGAACUGGAGGUUUCAGAAGAAGCAAAGAAGCGACGAAGCAGAGAUGGCGACUGCCACGUCGACCGUCUCCGCGGCCUCUCACAAGUCUUUGUUGAUCAAUCCGCCAACUGCAAACUGGGAGAUGCCAACCGCAAUCCGCGACAGACGAAACGGAGCAGAGGAGCCGACGUUCCGAGGGGCGACUAUGGAAGAGGGGACUAGCAAGGCAGCCCCAAUCGAGGCGAUGUCGGACGAUCUGCCGCUGGGAAAGAAGAUGAGCGCUAGAUCGAGUCUUUCUUCCUGCCGCUUGAAGAUUCUAUCACUGAAGAAAGAGGAAGUGAUGGAUCUGCCGAAAGCAGUCUAUUCGCCGAAGAGGAAUUCGCCGGAGCUUCCGAUUGAAGAAAUACCGGAGCAGAGAGACGGCGCGGCAUCCUUGGUCGCGCGAGGGAGGGUGGCUCCAGAUGAGGUGACAACGACCAAGGACGCGAUGAGGCGAGAGAAGUCGAGAUUCCGAGCGAUCUCACCUCCUCGCCGCGAGAUGGAAUACAGGCCGGAUAAAGAGCCGAAUAAGCAAACGAAGAUGGAGAAAAGAGACGGCGACUCCUCUCUCUCCUGGGAAUCAACGACCGACGAUGGGAAAAUGAAGGUCGAGACAAGGCCGGAGUCGGGUUUCGCUCUCCGCUGCCUGGUGCCCUGUUCGCCGUCGAGGAAGAAGGUGGCGGCGGAAUUCUUUGAGUUGGCGACCGGGAGGGAGGAGGAAUCGCCGGUGAAGGCGUUGGCUGCCGGGAAAAGGGAUUUGAAGACACCGUGUGUGGUUGCUCCAGGCGUGACGGCCGACUAGCCGGUGUUUCGUUCCUGGCCGGAGGAGGAAGUGAGGAAGAGGGGCGGCGGCAGGUUCCCUCUCACGAACCCUAGCUUGACCAGCCAAGGAGAACUAGGCCAAGCUUGGUUGGGCAAAAUGGGUCGGGCUAAGAUGUCUGCUGGGCCAAGAGAAACGGGCGGAUGGGUGGGGGAAUGCUUCUGCAGUUUGGGCCACAAGUUGGGAAGUGAGAUUAAGAUAGUGGGGCCAAAGUUUGGACUUAAUGUGGGCCAACUGGAUCAGCAAAGCAGAGCGCGAUUUGGGCUGAAUAUGCCCUUUCAUGGGCCACAAAUGAGUCCGCUAGUUUGGAUCCAACUUGGACCUCUUAUGGGUUAUCUGCCCAAGAGAUUAAAUUUGGAAGAAAUCG